CAGAACCUGGAACUGUGAACAGCGGGGAUUAGUCCGACGUUUCGGCGCUUACUGUCUCAGCCUAUCGGAGCAAUGUCCCUAGUACUGCAUCUCCUGUGGGCUCUGCUGGUCCAUUUGUCAGGUAUCUUGUCGGCCCCAGUUCUCAAUCAGACACCAAUGUCCGGUCCUGUCUCCGCGGGACAGACCGUCCGCUUAGAAUGUCGGAUGCAGAACGGUAACAUUGCAAGUCAUCACAUGGGCUGGUACCGACAGCUUCCCGGAGUGAGACCAGAGUGGGUGAUCAGACAUGAUUAUGAUGAUGGUUACAUAGCGCGAGGGACAGGGAUCACAGACCGUUUCCAACCGUCCAGAGACACCUCCAGCAAUAGCCACAUCCUGACCAUCAGCAGCUUGGAGUCCCGGGAUUCCGCUGUCUAUUACUGUGCAACCUGGGACAAUGGAGUUAUCUUCGGUCCAGGCACUAUCCUGGAUAUAAAGAGUACCGAAUCCCGGAAGCCCACGGUUCUUCUGCUCCCUCCCUCAACGAAGGAGACCGGUUCAGGUUCUGCUACUCUGUCCUGCCUGGUGAGCGGCUUUAAGCCGGGCUUGGUAUCGGUACGCUGGAGCGUGGAUGGAGUCCAUACCGACAGCGGGGUGGCGACAGGCGCUGUGUCCCCGGACACCGACCAGACUUACAGGUUGAGCAGUUACCUGCGGGUACCGGCCGCUGCCUGGAACAAGGGCUCGAGUUAUUCCUGCAGCGUGAGCCACAGCUCGCUGAGCUCGCCGCUGCGCAACACCAUCUCUUCGUCCGCCUGUGCGCAGUGAGGCAGCUUCGGUUGCCUGCGCAAGCUGAUUGUUUGCUCCUGUUUAAUGCAGUAAAACGCUCACUGGGACUGUGCAGCCGCCUUGUGAAAUGUAAUUGUGUAGUAAAACCCGCUUCUGGGAAUAAACAAAUGUUUAAUAAUUUCAAAAAUGACUGCCUGUCUUUUGCUACGAGUCAUUCUCUGUAGAAUUAUAUUCACUGUGCUCUGUCUGAACUUCCGCUAUAUGUAGAAUGGGGAGAGAACGCCCUUCAGACGGUGCUCGUGUUGUCGUUGGAUCUUGUGUAAUACAGCUCAUAAUAAAGAAACAACUACCUGUGGGUUUACGUGGUCUGUUUUU